AUUGGCUGUAGCGCAGAGCGGAAGUGCGUCUGUUUUCCCAGCUGAGUGCUGAAAACAAAACAAGACAAGCUGCGAAUGCACCAUGAUGGAUGAGCUGGUGCAGGACCUGGUGUCUGCACUGGAGCAGGCCUCAGAGCAGACCAAGUUAGGGGAGCUGUGGGAGGAAAUGGUUCUGAGUCCGCUGCAGCAUCGGCGACAGAUCCGCCGGCGGCGAGGUCGGAAGCGUCUCCACGAGUCCUCCGUCUAUCCGGUGGCGCGCAGGCGUCGCUGGAUCGAGGCUUCUGAGUCCAGUCUGGAUGAAGCCAAAGAAUACAGAGAGAACCUAUCCUCCACCUUCAGCACAGCUGUGGCGAACUACAGCGACUCAGACGAUAUGGCCACCAAUGACCACUGGCCUCGCAUCGUUAGGGGCCCUGUGAGAGCCAGGCACCCGUCUUGGCCAGAGUCCGACUCCUUCACCGACAGCAAUCCAGGCCAGCCGCUCAGAAGGCGCAGGAAGGUCAAGCGCAUGACUUCAAACAUGACAGUCAGACUUCAGCAGAAGUUACAUGACGGAAAGAAGAGGAGCAUGCCGUCUAAGGUGCAGCAUUUGUCGGGAUCUAGGAGGAGGUCGAGCAGUUGGACAGGAGCAGAGAGACAGGCCGAAGGAGGCAGAAUGAUGGGAAAGGAGCGCUGGAAGAGAAAGAUGGCAAAGGAGAGCAGGGACGCUCCAGAUGAGAACAUGUCUGACGGGGAAACCAGCAGCACGUGCAGCAGUGACCCCGGCCUGUUCACCAAUGAUGAAGGAAGACAAGGUGACGAUGAGCAGAGCGACUGGUUCUUUGAAGGGGACUGUGGAGUCAGCCUGCUGCCCAGCUGGGACUCUGACGCCCCGCUCUCGCUUGAGGAGCGACAAUCCUCCUCCAGCUUCCUCCAGCCUGCACGGCGCUCCGUCAGAGGGUAUCAUUCACCUCUCAGACGAGUGCCUUGCUCAUCUGCCUGCUGCAUCAGGCGGGACAGGAAGCGUCUUCCUAGGAAGAGCAACAACAUGCCAGUGUUUGUAGAAAGACUGAGACAUUUCUCCGCAGAUCACUGCCAGAGAAAAUAUCGGCUGCCUUCCUUUGGAAAGCAAGACAGAAACCAGUUGAAUCCUUUGUGCCCAUUACCGAUGUGUCCCAGUGACACGAUGUCAGAGGGCUCCCACCUCAGAUGCCCCUCCUCAGCCGUCAGAAACAGGCAGAUUAAUUUCGUUCCAGGACUGUUGUGCUCAGCAGACAUGCGGAGGAAUAAAGAAACAGAAGCUCUAUUCAUCACGACAUCAGCCAGCAACCCGUUUCAUAAAGAUCACCAGAGAGAAGAGGCGAAAGGAGCUGCCUGCAGUAACACAUCAAGCCUAGAAGCAGUAGGACCAAGUUCACCUCAGUCUCCUACUUCUGCUCAGCCUGAGAGUUCGUCUUUACUCCAGGGCAACCACGAGGACACUUGAAAGAGGCAUCUAAUUCCUAAAGCUAUUGUGCCUGAGAACGAAAUAGCUAGAAACCCCCUUCUACUCCACAAACUUUACAACAAAGAAAGAAAAAAAUACAAAGCACAUCAUUAGUCUUCAAAUCAGCAUGCUCCUGCUCGAUCCAGCCCUUCCAGGUAGUAUAUUAAGCAUGACAAAUGUUAAUGCAAUCAAGCCUUGUUAAGCCCUCCUCCAUCUCCUUAAGGAAGAAGGCAGCUUCAAGUGGCUCCUCGUUUCGACUCAAGACUUUCUUGCUCUUCCUGUUUCCACGACCGAGUCGCCAGGCCACCCGCCACUGCAUAAUCCAGUAAUUAUGUCCACUCCCGUAGCACGGCACUUGUCAGCAGGAACCUCGGAGAGUGUGGUCAGUCGAGGCCCGUUGGCCAGGGGGGGCGUCUGCUCCACUUUAAGGCAACCAACAAUGGCGGUAAAGCAGCCAGCUCUGAGGCAGAUGAACAUCACAAUGUUUAGCUGCCACAUGCUGUCGCAGGGUUAAGAGAGGCGACCACCGCCGGCGCGCCACACAAAGUACAGGCCUCCUAUUAGCAUGGGUUUGAAAAGCUACAGUUGCUACAAAGGUGCUCAUUAGCACAACACAGGGGGGGAGCGUGGUCGCGGUCCUCGGAGGGCCGCCUCUGUUCUCUUCAGGUUACCUUCUAUAUUUAAAUUUCCCAAAACAGAUUUAAAGUUCAAGGCUGGCUGCAAGUCUGUUUGAAAAGGCAGUUUUCCAGCGACGCGGGCUGAGUCGCUUUUGGCGCUGGACGGGCGCCAGCUGAGGGGAAGUGGAGGAGCAACAGGAAAUGAGAAAGAAGGGUUAUACACAUAUUAUUUCACAACCCCUUUGGGUAUAUAGCUUCCAACCGGUCUCACCAUUGGAUGCAUUAAAAAGAUCAAUGACAACAUGCAGAGAGAAAGAAUAAUUUGCAUACCUUCUGUUACUCUGCAAGAGUAAAAGAAGGCUGACUUCCCCAGCUCUGUACGGACCCAGGGAGUAAUGAUAUCGUGGGAUCGGACGUUGUGACUGCUGUGUUCAGGUAACAUAAGAUUGAUAUGAGUGCAACAAGCCAAGAUUGAUUUCAUAGAUAAAAUUGUACCAACAAUUAACCCUGCGUAUGGAAAUAUACGGCCAUUUAAUUAACGAAUACACAGUACAAUGAUGGGUAACAUGUUUACAUCCAGUAAUAAACCUUUGCGCCCCGUGAUGAGCAGAAUCUAAUACCUGAAGAGAAUGCAUGGAGGCAUUUAUAUAUAAAAUAUCCCUGUAGUAUAAAAGAGGCUUAUUGGCUUCAACAAGUUGUUUCCUUGUGUUAAAUGAAAAGCCUCACUGCAAAAAGGGAACUAAAAGUAAGUAAAACUUUCUUGAAAUUUUGUAUUUGUCCUUGAUUUGAGCAGGCAAGUUUAAAAUAUCUGCCAAUGCAAUAGGAUUGUUGCAAAUAAAAUGGGGAAACCCAUCUCCAUCAUCUUAUUUCAAGGGCACUAUAUCUAAUUAUCUUAUAUUAGGGGUCAAAAUACUCAUAAUCUUAUUUACCUGCUCAAAUCAAAGACAAAUACACUCAUUUCAAGAACUUUUUACUUACUUUUAGUUCCCUUUUUGCAGUGCUUACCUAGAAAUCUAAUUUUAGUCUGAGCAUUUUAAAGAUUGCCCAAAUAUUUGUAGAAAGACACAAACCCAACAACCAGUCUGUACUUUUUUUUAUGGUUGUUAUGUUGACUUUCUGACAAGAAACUACUAAUGGCAUUCACUCAGAACCAACUCCCCCAGGCAUUUAGACGACAAACAGGCCCACAGCAUCACACAUCAUCCUUCACUUCACAACAGACCCACCUGGAGUGUUUGUUGUUGGAAAGUUGAGUCUCAGCUGACUCCAGUGAAAGUUAAAAUCCCCGUAGAGUUUAACCAACUUUACUUUUUAUGUUUGUGAUGGUAGGACAGAAAAGGCCGUUUCCUGGAUUCACUCCUAAACAUCUUUUGCUGCAGUUAUUUUGCUACUCACUACACAUAGAGGCAAAAUAGAUUUGGGUUCCUAUUAAGCAUGCAGACCAGUGGCUAAAAGAAACAUGCCUCUGUGACAUGCCAUAUAUAAACCACAGAUAGACAUAACGUCACAAAUUACUGAUAAGCCGUUCUUUAAACUCGUCCACUCAAAGAAAAAGUAAAGUCUAAGUUGAAAGCUGCUUCUGUUACUUUUAUUUCAAAGGUAUUUUUGUACCUAUAAUAGUACAGUGGUUUUGUUAAACACAAUCUAAAUGUUGGAUUUUUCUACUCUUUUUAAUGUUAUUAUGCUAUUGCGAUAAAAGGUGAAUUGAUUCCAAUUCACCUUGGUAACCCUGGAAAACAACACUUGUUUUCCAGGGUUACCAAUCAAGUUUUAUUAGCCAAACAUUGCUCAUAAUCAGUAAAAAAACAAAACAACUUAUUCUGUUAAAACAAGUCUGAAAAGGUUUGUUUACUUAAAAUUAAAAGUAUAAGAUCUAUUUUUAGUGAAACUCAUAACCUAAUCAGCAGCUGCAUGACGUGUUUCCAGAAAACUCAAAGCCUUUUUUUUUUAAGGAGAAGAAUUGCAUUUAAUAAAAUGAGAUUUGCUUAUUAAUUUGAGUUAUAUGUCUGCAAUAAUCUAUGUGAGAAGGAUUUAUGUGAUCCUGCUGGGGAGGGAUGACAUUUAUAAAUGCUGUGUGGGCACGCUAGUUUAAAUGGACGCCUCACACAAGACACACUGCCACAGAAAUCCGUCAGUGUUGAGAUCUCCCCCACCCCCUUAGCCACUAUCGCUUUCCCUCCUUUUCACAUCAGCAAUAUACACCCGAUAAACAGCAAUUGCACGAGUAGCUAUUCAUUUAUUUAUUUAUGUAUUUUGCCCUGGAUGGCUUGGCUUAAUUGGCAGUCAGUGUUUAGGCACCAGGGUUUGAAAGGAUACUUGACAUGUUUUUCCAAAUACAGCAUUCUUGGUCCGUUUUUUUUUUUUUUUUAUUUAGUCUUUUCGACUGCAGGAGCGAGGGCCAAAACAAAGCGCCAAGGUAAACAUUUACCCUAGAAAACGACCCUGGAAGGGAGGCAGAACUUUCUUGAUGUACCUUGAACGACAGAUGGAGUUUUGUGUUGAGUUUGAACUGCAUCUCAUUAUAUUCUCUGGUAACUUUUAAUUAUACAGUACAAGUGAUUGCUUAAUUUCUUUGCAAAUAAAACAUUUAAACCGAGACGCUUAAAUUGUGACAUUGAAUAUAGCAGUGGUUUUUUGGCUGUUUCUACAGUCAAUCACGUUAAUAAAAAUCAUCUCACUGCUUUCAGUGUCAGUGAAAGCUCACCUGUGAGGGGAUGCAAAAGUGUUUAUGGUCCAAGAUACAAAUUAAACCACUCAAGACCCUGCAGGAUUGGGUAUAAUCAACAGAUUAAGGUUAAAAGGAAAAUGCCAUGGUGUUUGGGGCACCUUUACUUACUUUUUAAACCUUAACUGCAAUGGAACAAUGUGAUAACAAUGCUGUAUUGGAAAGAUUUUUUUGUUUUUAGUUACAUUCUGAUCUCCUUUAGGAGCAAAAAUAAAACACUACAAGGAAUACCUUAACACGAGAGAACGUAAUCUAUGUGAACAGUACAGUUCUGAAACAUAUUUCCUGGAAAUCUUAUUUCCCCCUGCUGUCAGCUGUGUGCUUUUCCACUUUGGGGUCUAGAAAACCACCAAGGAGAGCAUAGGUUAUCUGAUUUUAAAAGAUAAGAAUUACCUUUAUUGUCCCACAGUGGGACAAUGUGGGCGUGACAGUGGCAAAGACACAUAAACAGAGUUACACACUAGAUCAGUAAUGAAAUCAUUCAUGUAAUAGAAUGUAAGCACUAUGGGUUUAAAUGCGCUUUGGUAAAAAAGAAAUAAAUAAAUACUAUAACACUAAAUUUAAAGUUAACCCUCCAACUACAAAACUCCGCCUUUUGUUUAGGUACAUCCAAAAAGCCUGACCUCCCCCCUUGGGUCAUUAUCCGGGGCAGAUUUCUACCAUGGUAGUCUGACUUGGUGACGUUCUUGCUGUAGAAACAAAGCGGAUUGAAGAAUGAUCCCUUAAACAUAUUCUGGUUCUAUUAAGAUGCAUCAGUUCCGGCACGGGUCAGCCAGUAGCAGCAAAAGAACACCCCACCUGCCGCAAAAUAAUUAGCAGUCACCAUAAUGACGCCUCGCCCAGACCUUAUGCCUCAAAAUGAAUUUACAAUGGCUUGGAAAAUAGGGGAAUGGGAUGUGUGGAGCUAGUCAAUUGUCCUGUUACAGUUAAGGAAUCCGGGCAGGCUGGUUGCACUCAUAUUUCAUCCCAGGUAAAGAUUACCUGUCAGGCCCAUGGGAGAUGUAUUGAUCUGUUUUCCUUUUUCUGGCAGCAAUCACCUGACAAAGGCACCUAGGAGGUGAGUGAAUGAGUGAUGCCUGGUCGGCCCCGGUCUAGCCCAGUGGUUUCUGUUGUCCACUGAUAGGUUUCAGAGCUUAUGAGGAAGAACAGCAACAAUGCCGUCAUAAACUCUGCUUGAAACUCGUCUGUAUGCGUGCAAAGCAAUGCCCUCUGUGACACGGGUCACAGGUCAGUGGGGAAUUAGCUUUUUUUUUUCCUUUUCUUUGCACAUUUCUUGUCAGUGGCGUUUGUUCCUACUGCGUAAUGUGUACUGAUGAUGAAAACGUAUGCAAAAAGGCCACUCUGGUUCCUGCUGACAUUUGCAUGUUGCAAGUCACCUUAGUUCAGCUCACUUUGGAUUUCAGAGGAGACCCAGUUGAUUCGGGACUUGCUUUUAAUGAGAAAAAAUCCAAGCUGGUGUGGGUGAAUGUUACCCCGUCUUUCUGGCUAUGAUCUUUCUCAGCAUCAUAUAGGUUCUUGGCAGCUAAUGUAUUUAUGUAAUUGCCUUGAUAGACAAAAAUGUAUGUAUUAUUGUUAACUCAACGUGUCUAAACUAGCUGUGAUGUUUAAAAUGUGUUGUAUUUACGAUGUGAUCAUUUCACAUUGGAUAAUUGAGGAUUUAGGUAUGAGGUCAUUAAUGUUGUUAAUGGAAUUAAGUAAUAGAUUGCACUGGAGAUACAUCACUUUUUAAUAUAUUUUUUUUUUAUAAUUUCAUUUACAGGGAUUUACGAAAUUCUAGUAUCAGGGGCAGCUAUCACAUAUGAAACGUUCUGCAAGUAGCAUCUUAUCUCUUGAAGCUGUUAUCUUUAUGGAGGCAAUGCCUAAUUGCUUUGCAAAUGAUCUAAAGAGGAUUACUAAUCCCUUAGAAAACAUCUGCACCGUGUUACUACAUGUAAGAGAGACUUUUGCAAUUCAAAAAUUCAAUAUUAACAAAGAUUUUAUUCAGUAGCCAGCUUUGUGGUUUUUAUAACAUAGAGCCCCUGGGUUGUUUGAUGUUCAUUGAACUUUGUAUGGCUAUAAGUAUAAUUGUUUUUAAUCGUUCUAAUUAAACUCAAGUCAUUUGUGUGUUUUUUAAUGUUUUGGAAGAUUCACGGCUGAAGCAGCGUCGUACAUGUUUUGUUCCUCGAUGUUAUGAGUAUAAGAAACGUCAGUAUUUAUACAAUCUCAAAUGCAAUGCUGAAUUUAUGUGCAAUAAAUUCGUUUUGGUGAUCAGGA